GGGGACAAUAUGUUAGAGUCUCUCGAGGCGAGAUUAUUUUCAAUCUUGAAGAAGUAAUGGCUAUCUGGAUGUUGAUAGAAAAAGCCAGCAUUGUACGAAAUGUUGUGAAUUCUUCGUGAUAUAGUUUAAAAAGCAUCUUUAUAGGAUACCUGGUCGGUAUCGAAGAGGCAGGCAAAAACGAUUCUGUCAAAAUAUCUGACAGACGUAUUCAGUUUAGUGGCUCACAAGUAAACAUAGUUAAGCCUAAAAUUUCACUUUGUUGAUAUAUUGAAGAAGACGAAUGCUAAGAAAAGAUGAUAUUAUUAUUUACGUGUUGAGACAUUUCACAAGAACUGAUUUGGAUCAGCUUAUGAUGGUUUUAAAUCUGCAAUGAUGUUUAUAUAUAAUAGAAUAGAGGAGUGCAAGAGGGAAUAUGGUGUCUCUUAAGAAAAUUAGUAUGAUAAUUGGAUAAUUAAAAAAAGAUAAAAGUUGCAAUAUUAUAUUGGACUAUUUAUUGUGCCAUGCAACUGGGGACCACUGAGAAUAUGAUGAGAGGUGGUAGAAUCUUAGAUAAUCCUUCAUCUGCUCCAGUUCUAAUUGAAAAUCCUUUAUUUGAACAAUCUGGAGAUAGAAAUGCAAAUAGAAGUGGUUCCCGGUCAGCUCCAGUUUCACGUCAAGUUUCUGAACAGCAUAAUCAUGGAACAGUAAGAUCUGUAGUAAGAGGUGGAAUCAGGCGUUCAAAAACAUUGAAAGAAUAUCUCAGGAAAAGUACUGCCUCGUUUUUUGGAAUAGAUAAUGAAACAGAGCAAGAUAGUUAUCAACGAUGGACAGAGAGAAGGAGGCGACUACUAAGCAAGAAAUAUGGGCAAUUGAAAAAGGAUCACUAUUUGCAGUCUUCAGAUGAACACAUCGGUCCUACAGAGCUACCUCACUUAGCAUCUUAUCCUGCACGAGAUUCUUUUAUGGAACCAUCAGAAACAAGAUUAGGUACUUGCAGAACAGAUGCUGUUGAUAAUGUUGAUGGUGUUUCAAAUCAUAGUCAGUCUUAUCAUUGGCAACAUCAACAGAAGGAACCUGUGUAUAAAAUGAUGUGGGAUGGUAUAAAUUUUAUAGCCACAAAUGUAGCAAGAAGGGUGUCAUCUGCACGACCAAGAACGUCUUGUGCUCAUCAUCGACCUUUAAGCUAUGCAGCAUCUACAGCAGGCAGUGUCUUCUAUGAAGAAAACCAUGAUUCUGGGCUUCCACCAUCACAAAUGUUUUCAAAUACUGAUCAAUUGGUGGAUGAAGUAUUUUUUGAUAAUAUAAAUUCAUCUGCAACAAAUACGAUAGUUGAAAGUAGAGAUCCUUGGACAAAAAAACAGAACGAAAAUUUAGCACGAUCAACAUCAGUCACUGCCCCGGGAACAGAUUUUGUAGAUUAUGCUAGGCCUGUCAAGCAUACGUGGCAUCGACCUUCCUCUGUAGAACCACAGACUUCUGGUAGUGAUGUUGGUAUGAAAAGAAUUUGGAAUAAGCUUUUAGAUCAAGCAUUUGAUAAUUCUAAUAGAAGACAAUAUGGAAUGGGAGUUGUUGGUAAAUUGUUAAAACACAGUUUUCGUCAAGACCGCAUCACUUCAGAUGUUAAACAGCAAUUAGAUGAUUUAGAUGAUCAUAGACCUUUUUUUACAUACUGGGUAACAACUGUCCAAAUAUUAGUUACAAUUAUUUCAUUAGCAGUUUAUGGUUUUGGUCCAGUUGGUUUUCACAAAACACAACGAUCAAGUUUGGUUUUUGUUACAAGUUUGUCUCUUCAAGAAGUUGAUUAUUUUGAACCUGAUAAUUUUUGGAUAGGUCCUAGAGCAGUAUGUUUUAUAUAGUGUAUAUAUUCUUACAUUAUUUAUUAUUUUUGUAA